GGAUUGCAGUGACUCCAACAGUUCGGAGGAGUUGCUCACACAGGAGGUCUGCAGAAGACCUCACCUCUCCAGUUCAGGGAGUAAUGGUGGCGUUCAGGAGUGCAAGGAUUCUAUUCAUCCACUUCUAAUUCCUCCUUUGCCAGAGCGGCGAACCUCAGCACAUGAAAAAGAGGGUGAUGAAAAAAGAUGCAGUGGAUCCCGUGAUGUCACUUCAGCCAUACUUCACCUACCAGCAGAUUUUUUCCAUCCAGCUGCCGCAGCACACUCAGAUAGUCAUGGGGACAGAACAAUUCCUAAAGACACAGGCCCAGCCAUGCUUGCCAACCCAGCCUCCUGGGCCUCCCUGCGCUCUCCUGGAGCUAAUAACAAGCAUUUGAGCUCUCAGAAUCCAUCCCAGAGUGACUCGUCCUUGGCCACGGGCAGUUCAGAUGGCAGCCUGCAGGCAACGCUGGAUGAAAGGCUCAGCCUUGGCAUCUGCCCACCUCAACACCUAAGUCUCCCUGUGCCUCUCCUCUGCCCUGUCCCCAGCCUUGUGUUACACCCUCGAGAAACACAAAAAGCAAACCAGAGGUCGCCAUUGCUAAAUAGACGGAGUUCUGCUCUUACUUUGCAUGCGACUCGCAGGAAACAGAGGAGUCAGAGCAGCAGCGGCGGUGGAAGCACCAGCCCCGGAUUCACCCAACAGGACUCCAUGGACCCUUCAGAUGAAGAGGCGGGGACAGGAAGGGAUGGCUGCCACCAAGCCCUCUACAACGAACAUUUGUCAGAAACACUGAACAGUCUCUCCCUGACAUCGCUGCUAACACCAUGCACUAUGGCUCCUACAAUGAUAAAGAAAUGUAACAGCACGGGCUCUCUAGAUCAGUCAAAUCUAUCUGCCCGAGGCAAAGAUGGCCGACACUUAUGUGCCAUAGAUCCUCAUGGUUUCUUGUCCAACCCCUGGACUGAGGGAAGGGGAAAAGGUCCAGGCGAGGACAGUUAUAUGACAGGUUUUAGCAGGAAAAGCAGCACUCGACAAAACAACACAAGCUCCAGGAAAAAAAGAUGAAACGCCUGUUGCCCUUUUGUUUUGGCAUAGUUAAAAAAUCUGAAUUUCUUCUGUUUGAACAGAAUAUGGGGAGACUUAUUGAUAUGUGUCUUGUGAAAUUAUUCUUCAACUUUGUAUAGUGAUCUGUUGUAUUGCUUUUCUCCUCAGAUUCGGAUUCAUAAGAUCAGUAAUUUUCUAAACGAGGGCUGUUUUUCCCUUUUUGCACAGGACUUGGUCACUGUUGAGAAAUUGAUUGCAAACUGAUUUACCUUUUAGCACAGCCAUGAUUUGGCUUAGAACUACGCCAGUCCUGGGCUUUAAAUCUGAAUAAUCCUGAUUGGACAUUUAAAAACACAACUCGAGAAAAGAGGUCUGAAUGGGCAGUGAUUGGCAAAUAUUACUAAUGCGACAUUAAAUCAUAAGAUACUGGGUUUGCUUGACCAUAUGUGCCCUCAUCCUUGUGGAAAAACAAAACAUAUUUUACAUGGCUGAUGACAGCUCAUGGAGCUCCUUCUUGAGGAUAAAAACUGAACUCUGUAUAGCUAGUCUUUUAGGUUUUUUUAUAUCCAUGGAUAAAUGUAGCAUUAAAUUUUUCAUUUUUUCUGUCAAUUUUGUAGGUUAAGAAAUAUCUUUUUUUGAUUUUAACAUAAUUCUUCAUAUUUCAAGAAGUAUCCGUCUCCAUUUGUGGAAACUAGAAAGAAGAGAUAUGAGGAAGCAUGUCUGGAGCCUGACAAACCUCAGAUUGAUUAAGUGACUCAGUAAAAUGAAAUAAUCCAUGAAUGCUGCUGAGAGUUAAAGUGAGGAGUGGGUGGAAGCAUUGUUCACUUUAGGAGAACUUUUCCUUUCAAGUGCAUAUGAAGGGCUAUAAUGUACUGAGUGCAGACCUGGGCUAAAUACUGUUGUUAAAUGAUACCUUAUUUAGUUUUAUUUAAAAUAUACACUGCCUGACCUAAAAAAUGACACCUUUAUUUACCUAAGCAAAUAGGUAUCAGCCUCCCAUUGGAUAAUUACUGAAGGGGUGAUUAUGUUUCAACAGACAACAAGUAUUUUAAACUCAACUGAUGUGUCUGGUCUCGUUUAAAAAAAAAAAAAACCUGUUGAACGACACAUCCCCUGGACAUGGAAAAGAUAAUAGUCUGCUUCAGAAAGUCAUUGGCUGCCAUCAAGCAGAGAAAACAUAUAAGAGGAUUGCAGACAC